AAAAAAAAAAAAAAAUCACGGAAGAGACUUUAGCAGUUGUACGAGUUUGGCAAGUUACGUGGACUCGAAGCAGGAGUCGUUGCAGCAGCACAAGGAGAAGAAAAAGGGCGACAAAAGUCACUUUUUUUUGCGCACAUUUACGAGAGGGGAGUCAUGGAGGAAGCCAUACAGACGGUGGUCAAGGUCUUCCUGAAGUCCGGUAAAGGGAAGGAGAGUUUGGGACCCAAAGACUUCCAGAACCUGGUCAAGAGCCAACUCUGCAACAUUCUGUCGGACACGGACAGCAAGGAGGCGGUGCAGAACAUGGGCAAGGGCCUGGACGCCAACAAGGAUGGCAAGGUGGGCUUUGAGGAGUACAUGAAGCUGGUGGGCUACCUGGCCCAGUCCGUCAGCGAGCAGCGUUGCCGCGCCGACGACGCCCAACCCGCCCAGAAUGCCCAGAACACCGCCGCAGAGAACGCCACCUCGGAGAACGCCGCCCCCAAGGCCGAAACCCAGGAAGUCAAGCUGGAAGCCAACGCAGAUGGAAAAAUGGAGGGGAAAGUGGAAGUCAAGAACGAGGUGGAGGAGAAGAAGGAUGACAAGGAGGAUGAGGUGGAGAAGCCUGCUGACGUGACCUCGCCGAGCGUGAAGUUGACCUCACCGAGCGUGGAGGUGACCUCACCGAGCGUGGAGGUGGUGGUUGAGGAGGAGAGCACCGUGGCUGAGGAGACGGAAAAGAUGGUUGAGGACGCGGCAGAGAAGAUGGCCGGCGCGGCAGACGUGGAGGCCGAGAAGAAGCCUGAGGAAUCUGCCACCUCGUAGGGGACAAUAUUUCCAUCCAUCCCUCAUCUCACUAAUAAUAAUAAUACGAAUAAUAAUAAUUACCCUACAUCAACACUAAGAGCCACUACAAUGGCUAAAGGCCUAAAUUUAUGGGGGAAAAAAUUAUCACUAGCUAGCUUCCCAUCUAUAAUCUCCUACUUAGUUAGCUACCUAGCGAGCUGAGUAGAUAUCUUAAGAGCUUUUUCUAGAUUUCAAUUUAGCUAUCUAUCAUCUACAAGUAGCUACCUACCAAGCUACCAAUUUUACGAGCUUUCUGUCUCUGUGAAUUACAAAAUGCUACCCUAUCUACAGAUCGAAAGUUGGUAAGAUAGUUAGUUGACUUGCUAGUUAGCUAACUACAACUAAAACAGUGCAUAGUCUUAAAGUUAUGACAUACAUAUGACCACUAGUGCUCUGUUAACUUCAUUUAGCUCUAUCAAGCUAUCAUGCCUAGGUAGCUAACUACCUACCAGGCUAACUAGUUAUCAACUCUUUGUCAAUUUUAAGUUUCUAGCCUGAAUAUCAUGCACAUUUCUAGUAUGAAUCUAGUAUUAUGAUAUCAACAAGUAGCUAUCCUACUGUCUCACUACCUUGAUCUAGAUCAUUCUAUCUGGCGAUCCAUAUAUCUCUGGCGAACUAGCUACCACUCAGACCAGUUAGCUAGAGAUAUCGUCUUUAGCGACCAUGCUAAUGAGCUAGCUAGCUAGUGCGCUCAACAGCAUUCUAUCGCUGUGAAUUUUGAUUCCAACUACUAGAAUCUUGAAAUUCACCAUGGUAGAACGCCAGUGAGCUACCUAUAGGCUCGCUAGUUGCCUACCUACCACUAAAAUAGCGGUGACAGGGAUAAAGUCCCAUGUUUAUGGCAGAAAUAUGACCAGAAUCAGAUUUAGGACUAUGAAUCCUGAGCCUUUGUGGUGUAAAAUGCACUAAAAUAACACCGUGUUGUACAACCACUAGACUAAAGCAGCCUAGCUAAACAACAUACCACUGCUAGCAUGUGCAUGCCACUAAUAGAGCAUAUUUACCUCGUAUCAUGUGAAAAUAUGGCGCCGUUUACUCCCCCUCUGCUUUAAAGGGAAUAGUUAUCUUAGCAUAUACCCUGACCUAUAGAAUGCAUCCACUUGUACUGUUUCUUGAUGUUUUUGACUUUAAUUCCUUUAAUGCAAAUUAAUUUUCCCACUUUUACGUGACUCACAAAUGCUUUUUGGUGCUGAUUUUGGCCCGACAAUAAACAAAUUGUGUUGCCGCUAACCAAACACUGCUUCCCUCCUCAUUUGCUCCUCCUCCUUCCCCUUCUUCAUCUUCUUUUUAUAUCCUCACUACACCUGGAAGCGACAUUAAACCCAGCGCAGCCACAAUUAGACAUGGAGAUCAGGUGUGCCGCUAAAUAAUUAAGAAUCGAGGAGGGAAUCCAAAACGAGGCUCGCCGGUUACAAGGCGGUGCGAGGUUGGGGUCGGGGUGGAAAUCGUCCCGAGUGGAAAGAGAGUGAGGGUGAAUCCUCCCAGAUUGGGAUUGAAGAAUAAUUUUCACACUGCGUUCAGGGAAGAUAGGAAACAAGGGAGGACAAUAAAGAAACGAGACUACAGCAAGCCAUGUUCUAGGCUGAAUUGGCUAAACGAUUGUUUGGGGGUGUUUGGAGGCCAAAAUAAUCCGGAGUGGAAAGAAAGUGAGGGAAAAUCUGAGAUUGGAACGCUGGCGUAAUUGUUCAUGCCGCGUUCAUAGAAACUGGAAGGUUUGUAAAUCUAAUUUGAAGUUGAAAAUGGAAAACAAUGAAAACCAGCGAUUGGAAAGCUCAGCUUUAUUUCAAAAAACGAUUUCACUUGUGUUUCUGCCGAGUUGAGAAGUUUCCCAGUUUUGUUAAAUGCAGCAGUGAAUGUAACCACAGACCUUUUGUAAAAUGUGCACAAUUUCGCUGUUUUCGAAACAAUCCUACUGCCUGUGGUGUUUUUGUGUUGGUGGCCCUCAUUUAAGACCCUGUUUGACCUGCCAUCGGAUCUCCACCCUGACCGGAUUAGACAACACACACACAAUUUCCUGAAAGCCCUCCCUUCCAUCUUGUUUGUCUAGCACAAUGAGCCUUUGACCCAAAAAAAAAAACAAAAAACAACACCCAAUAUCAUGAUUCUGUGAUGCGUUUGUAAAGCUUCCCGUCCUCUGCCAAUUUGUUAAUUAUGAUUUAAUGCUUUGUAAAUUCUCACGUCGUCAAUAAUGCAGGCCUGAGGAAAAAGGGCUCGUGUUGCACUUAAUGUAGGCCUUAACGUGACUACCAGUAACACAACCACUACGACGUGCACAAUGCAAAGUGCUUGGCAAAUAAAGGUCAUGUGCUCCCGGCACUCCCAUUGUAAAUAUUACACACUCUGCUCAGCCUUUAUACACCCCUUUUUUUUUUUUUUUUUUUUUUUUAAUACAGUGACUAACAUAUCAGGCAUUUGGGGCUUCUGUUUAUAUAUAUAUAUAUAUUACUCUAAAUACAGUGAACCCCUGUUUAUUGCUAGGGAUACAGUCCAGACCCACCCGCCAAAGGUGAAAAUCUGCAAUAUGUAGAAACAAAACCAAACCUUUUUGAAACACUUUUCUUACCCCUCCCAUAUGCUUGAAACACAUCUAACAUAUUUUGAAAGUGUUCCUUAGUGCUAACACAUAAUGUAAAAUGCCUUGGACAGGCUAAUGGAUAUGAGCACAAUUAGAAAACUUCAAACAACUGCUACUUCCACAGUCAUGGAAAACAGAACAUAGAGCAAUACUCACAGGCAUUUGUCCUCUCUGAUCUAUAAUUGUUACUGCAGUUUGGUAGGGGACCUUCUCUGCCUCCUUUUCUUGCUGUUAAUUACACUUCAUGUCUUUCAGUAGACCCCAGUGUUGAUACUACACUGAAUGCACGUAACUCAAUUUGGACUAAAAAUCUGCGAUAUCGCGGGGGUUCACUGUACUUCUCUUUUCACGGUACUUCCUGUAACUAUUGGCAACAUAUCAGUGUUAAGCUUCCUGUGUACAUAAGGCAUGAAUGUGUGUGUUAUCGUUGCGGUCUUUACAGGCUUUAAAUGUGAUCUUUGGUCCAUUGUGGUGGGAAAAAAAGGGAAAACUGGAUCGGUGUAUUGAUAGUGAACCUUAUACCUCAGCCGGGAAACAUCUCAUUUAGUCUUUUGUAAAUUGCUUUUUUCGUGAGCCGCGCCCAAAAGCGCUAACUCCAUGCAGAUGCCGAAAAAAACACGCCGGAGAGGAAAAAUGCAUCAGGGAGUGUUAGCAAACAUGUGCCCACUCAAGAUGGGAAUGAAGAUCAGAAAGAGCCAUAGAGAGAUACUGUGCAGUCCUGUAAUGUGUGCCAGCCACCGAAUGCCAGAGUGUAUGUGUCUGUCUGUCUGUGUGUGUGUGUGUGUGUGUGUGUGCGUGUGUGUGCACGUGUGCGUUUUAUGCAUCUCAGUCUACUGUCCCGUGGAUCACCAUGUAAGCAAUCCGUCAAUUCAUACUAUGUAAAAGCUGUAUCCUUUUAACGCUUGUGUUAUCGUUGAAUCAUGAAUAAUAAAACUGUGACAACCUA